AUGGCAACAUAUGACGAUUGUAAGACCUCAGUUAUUGUGGACGGUGAACCGACAGAUGCUUUUGAUGUUACUGUUGGUGUGCAUCAAGGUUCAAUCCUCAGCCCCCUCCUGUUUAUCACGGUUAUGGAUUAUCUGACUGAAGAAGUGCGAGGUGGCUCCAUACUGGAAAUGUUGUAUGCGGAUGACAUAGCACUCGCAGCAGAGACACCCGAAGAAGUCAUGAGGAAGUACAGAAUGUGGAAGUCAGCAUUGGAGUCCAAAGGCCUUCGGGUUAAUGUGGGCAAAACCAAGGGAAUGGGAGACUUCCCUAGUGUCACCCAAAAUGGGUACAUGGACGCUGUACCGGUUGUAACAGUCGCCUACUUCGGUCACAUAUGA